AUAUACCCUUGAACAAUUUCAAAGAUUAUAAAAUGAAAAACGUGUAAUUAGUAAGGGACAAAAUCGUAAAAAAACACCUAUCCCCUUCCUUAAACCUCUCUUCUCUUCUCCUUUCUCUGGUGGCGCUUUCUUUCUUACACCUUUUCUCUCUUCAUUCUUCUUCACACGCUUCACAUAAUAAUAAUCACUUAUUCUACUUAAUCAAACAAAAUGGCUUCUCGAGCGAUUUUGAGAAGAAGAACAAGAACUUCCAUUCAACAAUAUUUCAACAACACUUCACAAUCUUCAUCUUCGAUUUCAUCUUUUCGUUCUAUCGCUGCUACAAAAGAGGAAUUACUCAAUUACUCACCAGUUUUUGGACAAGUCGUUCGCCGAUUCACAAACGGGAGUAGUUCCGGAAACGGUUUCACGAAAUCGAAUGUGUUCAAUGAGUCGAUUGGUGUGAGGUUUUUGUCGCAGUCGUCGGAAGCGGCGGCAAGGAAGAAGGAAGAGCCGCCGGAGAAUGAUGAUGUGGUGAAGAAGCGGAAAGAAGCUUCUCCUGAGGAAUGCGAUCAAGCGGUUGAAGGAUUAACGGAAGCGAAAGCAAAAGCUAAGGCGAAACGUUCUCAAGAAGCGCAGAAAGAUGCGCAGAGUGUUGUGCAAAGAGUUAGGGCUGUGAUUUUAGGGAUUGGUCCUGCUUUGAGAGCUGUUGCUUCCAUGAGCAGAGCGGACUGGGCCAACAAACUUGUUCACUGGAAAGACGAGUUCAUAUCAACAUUAAAGCAUUACUGGUUGGGUUGUAAACUGCUGUGGGCUGAUGUGAGAAUCAGUUCUAGGUUGUUGUUGAAGCUUGCUAAUGGGAAGAGUCUCUCUAGAAGGGAGAGACAGCAACUGACGCGAACUACUGCCGAUAUCUUUAGGCUAGUUCCUGUUGCAGUUUUCAUUAUUGUCCCCUUUAUGGAAUUCCUCUUGCCUGUGUUUCUUAAGGUAUUCCCCAACAUGUUGCCAUCAACAUUUCAGGACAAGAUGAAAGAACAGGAAGCAUUGAAAAGGAAACUCAAGGCAAGAAUGGAGUAUGCAAGAUUCCUUCAAGAUACAGUCAAAGAAAUGGCAAAAGAAGUUCAAAACUCCGGUAGCGGAGAAAAGAAGAAAACAGCUGAAGAUCUUGAUGACUUUAUAAACAUGAUUAGAAAAGGUUCAAGUAUCUCUAAUGAGGAAAUUUUGGGUUUUGCUAAGUUGUUUAAUGAUGAGCUUACUCUAGAUAAUAUAAACAGGCCCCGAUUAGUAAAUAUGUGCAAGUACAUGGGUAUCAAUCCUUUUGGAACUGAUGCAUACCUACGAUAUAUGCUACGAAAACGUCUACGGAUGAUUAAGGAAGAUGAUAAAUUGAUUCAAGAAGAAGGUGUAGAUUCUCUUUCAGAAGCUGAACUCCGGGAAGAUUGUAGAGAGCGAGGCAUGCUUGGGUUGCGUUCUGUUGAAGAAAUGCGCCAACAGCUUCGAGAUUGGUUGGACUUAUCUUUGAAUCACUCUGUGCCAUCAUCUCUUUUGAUACUUUCAAGGGCAUUUAUUGUGUCUGGGAGAUCGAAACCAGAAGAAAUACUACAGAAUACAAUUUCUUCUCUUCCUGAUGAGCUUGUAGAUACUAUACAAGUUACAUCUUUACCCUCUGAGGAUUCUGUCUCAGAGAGGAAGAGGAAACUGGAGUUCCUUGAAAUGCAGGAAGAACGUAUUAAGGAGGAGGAAGAAAAGGAGGAAGCGGAGCAAGCAAGAAUUGAGAUGGAUUCUAGUCAGGAAGAUAAGGCUUUGAAUGAGAUGAAUAUUUCAACGGCAAAAGAAGCACAUCAACUUGCUAGAAACAGAGCAGUGGAAAGCAAAGAGCAGCUGUGUGAAAUUAGCCGUGCAUUAGCUGUUUUAGCUUCUGCGUCGUCUGUAAGUACAGAGCGCGAAGAUUUUCUAAGACUAGUUAAUAAAGAGAUAGAACUCUAUAACAGCAUGGUAGAGAAAGAGGGUUCAGAUGGUGAAAAAGAUGCCUUUAAGGCAUAUAAAGCUGCCCGAGAGGAACAUGAGCAUGCUGCUGAGUCGGAUGAUGAUCGGGAUAAGGUGUCAUCCGCACUCAUAGAAAGAGUUGAUGCCAUGCUCCAAAAUCUUGAGAAGGAAAUAGAUGACGUGGAUGCCAAAAUUGGUGACCGAUGGAGGCUUCUGGAUAGAGAUUAUGAUGGGAAAGUAACUCCUGAGGAGGUAGCAUCGGCUGCAAUGUACUUGAAGAAUACAUUGGGGAAAGAAGGCGUCCAAGAACUCGUCAGCAAUCUUUCCAAAGAUAAAGAUGGGAAAAUACUAGUGGAGGACAUUGUUAAAUUGGGUGGUUGGAGAGAAGAUGGUCAUACAGCUGAAGAUGAAAGACCAUGAGGGUAUGAUCCCUUACAUGAUUUCCAGAUACAUCUUUAUUUUGUUAUUCCAUGCCACACAAAAUGUGGCGCAAAUAUAUUUUAGGCCACCAUUCAAAAUCUCUUCGUCAUUGAUUUUGUAUUAUGUAUUUAAUAAGUAGUUCAACUGUAGCAGUCGGAUGAAAAGGAAGCGUGUACAAGCUCUGUAAAUUUUUGACAACUGAUGACACAAAUAUGCUCAGAUUUACACAUGAUAGUUAAAGUUAACCUGAUGAAAUAUAAAUGAGAUAAUGUAUUAUUUUGAGUA